AUGACAAAGUCUUGGAACGCAGGCGCCGUGCGAUACCGCUCACAAAACAAAGGCGCAGCUCCUGUACUAAACAAUGAGGUCCUAUGGUCAUCUUCUGACAACUCGACGGUCCUUAUGUUUGGAGGUGAAACCAAAUUUCUACCCAAUCCGUCACAGACAAAUUCGACACUUUCAAACAAAGAGGUUUGGCAAUUCAAGGUCAACUUGAAUGGCGAUGUCAGUUGGUCACCAUUUGAGAUGCCCCAGGAUUCGAACAUUGCACAGAUUAAUCGUCCCUCUAAUGCCUUUGGUGCGAAUCUCGACAAUACCGAGUAUUUCCUGGGUGGCUACAAGAAUAGCCAUACGCUGGCAGAAACUGCCAGCCUCAGUAAUGAUGUAGACAUAGGCGGAAUAGCAUCGUUCAAUCUCUCAUCGACGAGUUGGAAUAAUGACACAGCUCCUUUCGACGGGGGCACAGACAUUGUUGCCGCAGUGCCAAUCUUUGGUUCUUACGGCCUCCUCAUGAUGCUACGGCCCGAGUCUGUUGGUGCGGGACAAGAUCCAGCACCAUAG